AUGAUAUAAAGUGGCUGGGAUUUAGAUAAAAUCUAUGAUAUUAAAGGAAGACAAGGGUUUUAUUCUUAUUAUUGGUAAUUUGAAAAAACAACUUUUUAAAUAAAAUUCACAAGUAAUUCAGAACUCAUCUACUAUUAAUUUGGAAAUGUAUUAAGGAUGUAAGAGUAAUCAUAUUGAGAUAGAGAAAAAAUAAUUGAUUAAAAGAAUAAGCCCAUAAUCAUGACGAACUUGGAAUAAAUAAAACAUCUUAAAUGGGAAGGGAAUUAUGGAAUUAAUAAUACAUAGACUGGUAAAUGGAUAGCGUUUUGGAAAGGAAAAUAAUUAGAUGUAGGAGGAUAUUAUGAUGAGAAUGGUUCUAAAAUAGGAAAGUGGAUUGAAUUGUUUGAAAAUUAUUGGGAGUAUUAAUUGUUAAUUUAAACAGCUUCUCACCAGUUACAUAUGUUGGCGAAUAUUAAGUUGGAAAUAAAUAAGGAAGAUGGGAUACAUUUUACGAUAAAUAGAAAAUGUAAUCGUUUACAAAUAGACUUAAUUUAGAGGAGGAGGUAGUUAUUAGAAUGGUAAUAAAGUUGGUUUGUGGACUGAUUUAUACGAAAAUUAUUAUUGGUGAUUAUGCAUAAUAUCUUAUUAGCUCAUGUAAAGUUACUCAUACAGGAGAGUAUUAGGACAAUUAUAAAAUUGGUAGAUGGGAUACAAUGUUUUAAACCAAAAUCAUGUAUAAAAUAUCAUUUAGAAAUUUAUAAAAUACAGUGGAAGUACUGAUUAUGAUCAAAAUGGAUUGAAAAAUGGAAUAGGAAUAGAAUUAAAUGAAGAUUUCUAUUAGUAUUAUAAAGAUCAUUAGUUUUAAGUUGUUGUUAAGUUAUAUACAGGGGAGAAUAUAAAAACAAUAUUAAGGUAGGUAGAUGGGAUACAAUUUUUCUGGAAAAUAACACGAUCAUGUAACAAUUAUUAUCUUCAUUUGUUAUAGUGGAGGAGGAAAUUAUGAUAUAAAUGGUUUGAAAGAGGGCUUGUGGGUGGAUUUACAUGAUGGAUUUAAUAUGUAAUAUAUCUUUAAGUAAAAUUUAGAUACUAUAAACACAUUUAAACUGGAACCUAUUAAAAUGGUAUUAGGUAAGGCUAAUUUAUAGAAUCAUAAUUAUCUUGAAUUAUUUUAUUUUAAAACAAUUACAUUAUGAGGAU